UGUCUGUCUCCAAGGGAUUAAAAUAUCACACUUACACCAAACUCGAAUCUACAAUUUGAUUAAUGGCCUUAUGCCAAAAUACAUGGGACGAGGACUCUAGAAAAUAUCUAAUAUUAAUAUGACAGAAGAUGGGGGACUGGAAUUUAUUAGGGAGUAUUUUAGAAGAGGUCCACAUUCAUUCCACCAUAGUUGGGAAGAUAUGGCUCACAAUCCUCUUCAUUUUCCGGAUGCUUGUGCUUGGCGUCGCAGCUGAGGAUGUCUGGGAUGAUGAACAGAGUGAGUUUGUUUGUAACACAGAGCAACCUGGCUGCAAGACUGUCUGUUAUGACCAAGCUUUUCCCAUCUCUCUCAUCCGCUACUGGGUCUUGCAAAUUAUCUUUGUUUCCUCACCCUCUCUGGUCUACAUGGGUCACGCCUUGUAUCGUUUGAGGACCCUUGAGAAGGAGAGACACAGAAAGAAAGCGUGUCUGAAAGCUGAGCUGGAAGGUACAGAUCCCGUCCUGGAGGACCAUAAAAGAAUCGAGAAAGAGCUCAGGAAAUUAGAUGAACAGAAGAAAGUAAGGAAAGCUCCUCUCAGGGGCUCUUUGCUGCGUACAUAUGUUUUCCAUAUUUUGACCAGAUCUGUAGUGGAGGUGGGUUUCAUUAUAGGACAGUUUGCUCUGUAUGGGAUUGGACUGUCUGCACUCUACAAAUGUGAAAGGUUGCCUUGCCCUAACAGCAUUGAUUGUUUUGUCUCACGACCGACAGAGAAGAACAUUUUCAUGGUUUUCAUGCUGGUUAUUGCCGGAGUUUCUUUAUUCCUCAAUCUCCUAGAGAUUUCCCAUUUGGGGGUUAAGAAGAUUAAACAAAUCUUGUACGGAUAUAAAUAUGGGGAUGAUGAGAGUUUGUGCAGGUCAAAGAAGAACUCCAUGGUGCAGCAGGUCUGUGUGCUCUCAAAUUCCUCACCACAGAGAUUAAUCCAGCUCACGCAGAUGACCUGCUCUGCUAUGCCUGAAACUCAAGUGGAGAGUCAGCCUUUGAAUUUGGCCUUAGUGGCCCCUCAGAAUCUCGAGGGUCACAACAUCUCCUGCCGCCCCAGCCAAGCUGAAAUCCAAGGUCUGCACCAGCUGGGUGCCAUGGAACGACGUUACACUCUGGAAAAUCGCAAACCGUCAUGCAGCAGCGAUGAUUCAAAUGGACCUCAUGGUUCUGGUAAACCACACUAUGCGGGGCCUCGACCUACGCUGACGGGCGGCCACAUGGAAAUCCCAGCAGCCCUGAGAAACCCACAGAGGAAGCAGAGCAGAGUGAGUGUAUGUAAGGAGCUCAGUGAUAUGAGUGAUUCUCCAGAGAGUGAACACUAUCCCACAGCCAGAAAAUGCAGUUUUAUGUCCAGAGGACUGUCGGAGGGCAAGCUGGCCAGUCCGUCUGACAGUGGAGACUGUCAGAGUGGAACGGACAAUGCAUCCCAGCAUCUUAGCGAGGGGGAGAGUCCAGUGGUGUCUCCACCACCUCCAGCUGGAGGGAGGAGGAUGUCCAUGAGCAUGAUUCUGGAGCUGUCUUCAAUCAUGAAAAAGUAAACUAUAAAGUACAGUUCUGGGACCAAACGAGCACCAAUAGGAGUUCUAAAUUAGCCACCGGAGCCUGAUUUCAAACCGAGUCUCAUCCUGUUUCUCUGCAGCAACAUUAUAUGUUCUUAGUGUGCUUCUACAGUAUGUUUUCUGCAUGAAUAAUUUAGUUAUUUUCCACAUCCAAGAGACACUUAAUUUGCUUCAUGUAAUGUGUGAUUGCUAUUCCUAUCAACUGUUUGAUUAUAAGCUUACACCAGAUAAAAGAAGUAUUGAACACGUCACCAGUUUUCUAAGUAAAUCUAUUUCUAAGGUUUGUUGACAUCACCAGAUGUCGGUAACAACCCAACCAAUCCACUCAUGUGAGAAAUCAAAUCAUAGAUGUCCAGAAAUUAAGUUAUGUGUAAAAAUGAAAAAUGACAUUGGGAGAAAGCAAAAAGGCAUGGAGAGUCAUGGCACCAGCUGAAAGCAAUCCUGCCACUUAAUUAAUAUCAGCUGGUUCAGUUCCAACUAAUGGCCUAAAAAAAGGUGUCUCAUUACCAAGGUGUCACACAUGAAACAUCUCAUGAUGGGUAACUGAUGAUACUGAUGACAUUGGUUACAGAAGAAACUAUAAACUACUGAAGGUUCCAGUGAGCACUGUUUGGGCAUAGUUUGGAAGAGGAAAGAACAAUUGUCUCCACAAACCGGCCACUACCAAGUGCUUCCCUCAAGAUUUCAGACAAUGUAGCUCAGGUGGGCUGUAACUCCUGGUGGGGCGGUAAACCAAGUCAUCUGAAUUCAAUUCAAUUCAGUUUUAUUUAUACAGCACCAAAUCACAACAGU